AUGUCAGUCAUCCUUCGUCCAAAUGAACAUUUCACUCACAAGAAGGUCCCUCCAAAGAUGGGAAUUAAACACUCGUCGUAUAGGCCUCAGAGUGCUCACCCCACCGUCGAGUUGUUCUUCCCUGUGACCAAGCAAUACUUGCAAGAGUAUAUCGACGCAAAGAAGAAGCAGGGGACCAUCAAAGCGAAUUCCCUCGACCAAUACUUUCAACACAUUGAAAGUUAUAACAUGGCCCUCGGACAUGGUUGGGACUCGCAAGAGUUCGAGCCCAUGAUGCGUGAAGUCUUGGAGGCUUUGGUUCAGAACGAAGAAAAAUGCGGCCUCACACGUAAGCCGUCGACAUCCCCUGAGGAGGAGGAGGAUGAAUUGAGUCACGAGAACCCGACUGACCCUUCGGUACCCACGAUCCCCCUCGUUUGCUUCGACAUGGCUCACGUUCCUGCGAUGAAGCUCGAGCGUCAAAUCCAUGUUCCCACCUCAAAUGUUGACCCUAACGCGGAACCUAAUGUCGCGCUUCAACAAUUAUACCAAAGUAUUGUCAGCGUCAAGCUCCCAAAGAAAUGGGGCAAGGUGGACCCCACCAAUGUCUACUUUCGCAACAGCACAUGGAAAGAUGCUCCUCACUUCAUGCUUGAUGAGGAUACCUUCAAAUGCUUCUGGGAAACUUACACCAAUCGACGGGAAGGCGAGGAAGUGCAACUGAUUGUAUAUUCAAAACAACGAAGUGUCACCCCAGUUCCACCGAUGGCGAUUCAACCUGCACCACCGAUGAUGCCGGAUACCGAGACGAUCGCCGCAUCAUCUAAAGCACUCGCGACCCCCCUCACUCCCCGAAAGAGUCCACCACGGCUAGAACAAAUUCCCGGUCUUGAUUUCAGCUCAGGAGGGGAGAGUUCAACACCCUCGCCUACGUUCAUACAACUCAAGUCAGUCACCGUUCGAUCUCCUAACCGAAUUUAUAAACAAAACAUUGCCAUCACCGAUAAAACUACUUUUUCAUCGCUUUUAUCGUUUGCGAUAAAAAAACAACCACCACCCGGUAAACAAUUUGUUUUGCAAAGUGCGGACGGUGAAUUAGAGUACAUGCCUGAGGAUCCCGUGAGAAAUGUGAUUCACGGAACCAUUCAUGCAGAUGUUGUCGUCAAAGUAGAGGACAUAAGGGAGGUUGACUUUAACCAAUUUUAA